AUGUUUCUCUCCGAAAAAGAUUUUCAUCCUACAAACUGUAAUUUCUUCCAAGUACUUGGCCCUGUGAAAAAUGGUGCUUCAAGAGAAGAAAACCAACUGAAAAGUGCUCUUUCUUUGAAGAUUAAAGUGUCUCGUCCAGGAGAAGUAAUUAAGAUUGAGGAAGAAGGAGAUGGAUACUGUAAAACCCCGACAUCAUUAACGGAUCGUAAUAAGAUCCGAUUAAAAUGCCCACCGGCUCCAAGAAAGCCCAAAUCACUUCCAUCUACAAAGAGAUCAUCAAGAAAAGAUCAAACAAUUUUAUUAGAUCUCUCCAGUGAAAUUGAAUCACUUUUUCCUCCAGCUCUUCUAAAAGAUCUGCUUAGUGGUAAGAUCAAGAACGUUAGGAAAGAGAGUGGAAUCAUGUGA